CAGCCACUCCACCAAGGAAGGAUAAAGACUCGCCGCAUUUUUUCACGUUUAUUUCUAUGUAACAAAGUGACAAAAGAACAGAUCGACCCAGGAUGAACGUGCCCGUCUCAUCCAACCACCCACAGAGUUACACCUUCAUUCAGGGCAGCCAGCCUUCUAUCUUAACCACAGCAUCUGCUUCUGCAACUCUACAACCUGGCCACCAGCAUAUAGGUGGCGGUGGUGGUGAUGUCCACAUUUGUGGUGCUUGUGGGGCACAAUUCACUGAGAUUAAGGAGUUUGUCACACACAAAAGACAAGGAUGUCAUGGAAGCAGUGGCUCUCUCUGGGGGGCCCCUUUUCCUCACCUUACCAACAAUCCCGGGUUUAUAAUCCCCCCAAAAUCAUGGGAUGUCCAACAUAGUCCUCAUACUCACCAGGAAGGAGUGAAUCAUGUAGUUGGAGCAACUACAUCAAAUGGAACAUCAAAUGGCACCCUCUUGCAACUUUCACAUGUAGGUGAGACUUGGCACACUGGUGGAGCACCGACUCUACCAUCUACUGGGUCUGUUGACAGAGAAUGUAGUACAAGUGUUGAAGAAGAGAAAAGGGUAUUGGAAGAGACGUCAUCAGGCAGAGGGAGCAAUGGAGCACCAACAGGUUCAGGAGAAAGAGGAGGAGUGGAGGGGGAUAGUGGAGGGACAAGCACCUCAUCUAGUAUGCACACAGAAGAGGAGGAUGUGGCUACUUUCCUGGCCACACGGGGCAAGUCGGGCACACCACCACAUAUACCGUAAGUGUCACAUCCCACAGUUGCAAGUGAACAACUUAUUUCAAGUGUUGUGAGUGGAGUCCAUAGCAGUGAAGGACAGUUACAUUACACUUCUGCACCUACCCAGCAUCACCAGCAGCAGCAGCAAGCUCAACUUAACAUGCAUCAUCAACAUCAGGUCGAUUCAUAUGGAAGUGGAAUUCGGUCAACAGGAUCUGGACGCAGACAGAUAAAAGGAAUAAUAACAGAAGAGUCUUCUCUCUCUCCACUGCCAGUUGAGAGUAAAGCUGACAUUCUCAGUGCUUGUGCAAAAGAGACUCUGGUUGUUCAUGAUGGUAUUCAUAAAGGAAAGGCUUGCCCAGUGAAGGACUGCACAUUUACCACCUCGCAUAACAAAGACCUUAAUCGGCAUAUACGCAAACAUACUGGUGAAAAACCAUACCGAUGCGAGGAGUGUGGAACUUGCUUCUCACGAGGGGACAAAUUGAAGGUGCAUGCGCGAAUUCACUCCAAUUUGCGGCCGUAUUGGUGCCAAGAACCAGGUUGUCAGUAUCGUGCUAUUGAUUCAGGCAGUCUUAGGAAGCACACCAGAACACACACAAAUGAGCGACCAUAUAGGUGCCAGCUGUGUCCGUAUAGUGCUAGAGAUGGUUCUCAGUUAACGGUGCACCUCAGAACACACACAGGAGAUACUCCAUUUCAGUGUAUGAUAGAAAACUGCUCUGCUGCAUUCAAGACAAGUUCUGAUCUCCGUCGCCAUGAAAGACUUCAUACUGGUGUGAAGCCAUACAAGUGUUCAGCCUGUGAUUAUGCUUGUGCUAUAAAGUCCAAUUUGACAGUACACAUGAGACUGAAUCAUUUCAAGGGGGCAAAAUUCAGCUGCACCAAGUGUGAAUUUCUGGGUAACAGUCGUAAGCAGCUGAAGGAUCAUGAAAAGUCCCAUGCAAAUGUGUUGUUGCAGUGUGACUUAUGUGAUCAUGUGAGCACAAGUAGUACUGGCCUCAGGCAACACAUGCUAAUACAUUCCCAAGAAAAACCAUUUCAGUGCCGCUACUGCUCAUUUACAUGUAAAACUACUGGAAAUCUUCGUUAUCAUGUUCGAAACAAACAUGGCUGUGAUGUGUCUGGUCGCAAACGAGGAACUACGGGUAACACUGUGGUAGGAGGCCGAGGCCGGAAUGGCACAGGUGGCAACAGUGGAGGCAGGAGAGCCAACAGACCAUCAUGUUAUCGCAGCUAUAAAUGCAGUGAAUGUGGUAGUGGGUUUGUUCGGGAAGAUUCUUAUAGAUCACAUAUGCGUCAACAUGAGAAACACAAGAUGGCCCAGGCUAUAUCAGGCAAAAUGGAACCAGAUGUGUUUAGUGUUGUAGUGCAGGAUGAAGGUCUAAUUGGUGUGGAGCAGCCAUCAGGACCAGAUGAUCCCACAGCUACAAACGGGGGUGUCACCACGUUCCAAGCUAUUCACCGAAUACCAUCAGAAUCUUUACAACCUGGAACUCUUAUUUCUCAGAGUGCUGUGUCAGCUGGUGCAGGAACCCAAGGUGGUGAAAAUAGCGUUAAUGGCUACAGUUCAUAUGUCAUUACAAUUGAUGGGAUAUCUACAGUUUUUUCCAACCCUGUUCGUCUAACUAGUAAUACAGUUGCUACAGAAGCUGGAGACCCACUUCCUGCAACAGUGCAAGUUAUAACAGGAGAUCUCAUCACUUCACAAGGCUCUAAAGUCUCAACUGCUCAUCAGACCUACGACCUUAAUGAAGAUGACAAAUCGUCCGCUACUCAGCAUGGAUUUGAAAUAACACAAGACAAAGUCAGUCAAACACAGCAACUAUAUGACCUAACUUCUGGAGAAAAGGUGGAGCCAAAUCAGACAAAUUUCAGUCAUUCACAAGACCAAGUACAUGCAAGUUCAAGUAGGGAAUACAUGGGACACUCAAACUCCCAAGAUGUACAGCCAAAUGUACUUGUGGAGCAACAAGGAAUGGAGGAUAAUAUGGAUAAUUCUAUUCAUGUACAUAAUCUUUCUGCCAAACCUAAAACUGAAUAGUUAUAAUUACAUUGUCCCUUCAAGGGAGGUGCCUUGAUGCUGGUGAGGGGCUCUUGAUCCAAGAAAAUGGAUUUAUUCUCAUUUGAAUCAAAUUAGAAUGCCUCUCAUUUCCCAGGUGCUACACGAUACAUUAUAAAUGGUAUACAAUGCCAUGAAAUUGAUGAAUAAGACAUGUGCAACACUAAGUUACAUUUAUCGAUGAGACAUUGUUGUCUGCUUGGCAGGCUUCAUUGGUUGAAUAAAGGCAAUUGCAAUUGUAGGGACUGUAGAGUAUAGUAAUAGUUUGAGGUGAUCAUUCCCUGAGCCUUGAUAAGAGACUUCUUCCAUCAAGGCUGCAGGACAUAUCACCUCAAACUGCUUCUCCACUUUUACUAUCUCCAGGAUUGCAAUUACUUUUAUCAACUGCUGAAGCCUACCAAGCAGGAGAAACAUUUCAUCAAUAAAAAUGCUGUAGUGUUGCAUUUGCCUCGCUCUGCUAGAUGACCCCCUACAAAUUCAGCGCUUCCCAAUUACACAAAUAUAAAAAUGUAAUUGUCAUUUCAUAAAUAACCUGCACUUAGGAGAUGAGACAUGUGAUGUUUCAGUCCAUCCUUGCCUAUAGUCAAAUAACAACUAAGAAAAUGAGCAGUAGAGAUCAAAAGAUAGGUCAGGAGGAGGGAAGGGAAGGGCAGUGGUGGUGGUAGUAGUAGUACAAAGAAUAAAGGAGCAUUGGGCAGGACUAGUGGUAAAGUAAUAAAUAAAUUACAUCUUGAGACAGUAGAUGCACUGUAUGACUUGUGGGUUUAGCACUUAGUUUUGAUUAUAAUAAUAAUUGAGACACAGCACCCGCCCAGGGAGGUACUACCGUCCUACCAAGUGAGUGUAAAACGGAAACCUGUAAUUGUUUUACAUGAUGGUACGAUUGCUGGUGUCUUUUGUCUGUCUCAUAAAUAUGCAAGAUUACAGGUACAUCUUGCUACUUCUACUUGCACUUAGGUCACACUACACAUACUUGUACAAGCAUAUAUAUACACACCCCUCUGGGUUUUCUUCUAUUUUCUUUCUAGUUCUUGUUUAUUUCCUCGUAUCUCCAGGGGGAAGUGAAACAGAAUUCUUCCUCUGUAAGCCAUGCAUGUUGUAAGAGGCGACUAAAAUGCCGGGAGCAAGGGGCUAGUAACCCUUUCUCCUGUAUAAAUUACUAAAUUUAAAGAGAAACUUUCGUUUUUCUUUUUGGGCCACCCUGCCUUGGUGGGAUACAGCUGGUUUGUUUAAAAAAAAAAAAUAAUUGAGACAGUAGAGAUCAAAGUAACUCAAUAUAGACAUUUGUCCACAA